AUGUUGGCUGCUUUUGUCUGCACGCUCGUUUCACUGCGCUCCUUCUCUGUGGCACAGCCUGCACCGGACCACGAGGAUUCACCGUGGUUCGUGGGGUGCGUCGACGCCAGCAGCGGACUAUAUGCACCCAAAGGUGUCCGUGACCUUGACCCGGUAACCUGCUCGGUGCGCUGCCUGGAUGAAGGGUACCAGGUGGCAGCCUUGACCUCAGAGGCUUGUUACUGUGGCAACCAACAACAGGGUUUGGUGGCCAGUGAGUGUUUCAACACAUCUUCCAGUGGAGGGACAAAGGAUGUCAGAGGAGGAAGACAAAGUGUCCUCUACCUGCCUGGACAGGGAACCAUGGCACUCUACAGAACUGAAGGACCAUUCCUGCAUAGACUUCAUCUGUCUACGUCUCCACACAGAGUGCAGGCUGGGAGGACUUUUGCUCUGGUAGUUUCUGGAAACCUGGCUGGACGCCCCCACCAGCCCACAGGGAUCCUGGAAGUGCGAGGGCAGGACCUCUCUUAUGUCACUGUUCAGUUUCAGGAAACGACCCCUAAAGGUCAAAGUUCACAGCGUGUCAACGUGUUGGAUGAUGGCUCCUUUGUUGCAUCGCAUGACUGGAUUUUGGAAAUGCCAGGAAGAUAUGAACUCAACGUCAGCGUCUCCAACCCCCUCUCCACACUCUCCUCCACCCUCCACCUCUCCGUCUCCCAGUCCUCUGCACACGGCUUGGUGGUCUCUGUGCUUCACGGCCCCCUGAGGGUCCCCUCCUGCACCCCAUCUCUUCACACAGACUCCAGCAGUGCGACUGUGGAGGCAGUGUACCUGGGUGACCCUGUCACACUGCAGGCACACAUGACGGGUGAUGGUGCGGCAGUGGAGUUCUCUUGGUUGUUCACUCACAAAGAAAAAGAGAGAAACAUGGAGGGUGUGAAGACAGUGUGUCUUCCCAGCUCGGACUGUGUGAACAGCACCGUGACCUGGACUUUUGAAACAGAGGGAGUUCACGUGGUGUCAGUGAAUGCCUCCAGUGCUGAUGGAUGGACACAGGAGACGAUACAUGUUGUUGUUGUUCCUUGCGCCGUUUCCAACUUCAGAGUGAGUGCAUCGGAGAAUCAGCUGACAUCCGGCGAGGACCUCUCUGUGGAUGUGGAGCUGUUCACCACCAUGAAACCCCUCCUCGUCCUCAACCUCACAGUGAAUGCUGAGUAUGGCAGCACUGACACAGAGGACAAUGACGAUAAAAACAUCAGUGACAACAUCAAAACUACUCAUCAAGAAAACAGUACAGAUCAGGGCUGUAACGACAGUAACCAUGGCAACAACAGCUGUGAUCACAGUCUCAGUCAAAACCACAAUAACAUCGAUUGUCGUGAGGGCACCAACAGCUCAGAUACCCCCCACUUUGUCCCUCUUUGUCUCCUCCACGCCUCCAACCACUCCAGCUGCCAUUUGCAUCUCCACCUUCACUGCCGCCUCCCCACCACGGCGGGACAGUAUCACCUCACAGCGUCUCUUCUCUCCACUUCUGACCCUUCAUCAGCCUUCUGGGAGUUGGAGAUCAGCAGUUUCAGCACAUGCAGAAUUCAGCCUGGAGGUUGUGAGCCCUGCUAG